AUGGCCGACCCCCCUCCUCCCGCCGCUGACCCGCCGCCUGACGCCGACCCCGCCGCUAGCGCCAGCACAGCCCCAGCCCCAGCACCAGCACCAGCAGAGCAGGCCCCAGCGCCCAACUCGCCUGCCGGCCCCCCAGGUCCGCCGCCGACGUACGCCGCAACGCAGCCGCAGAUCCUCGUCGUGCCCUUGCCCGAUGCCUCGAGCUUCUUCUGGGGCCGCACGCUCCAGGGCGAGGUGUACGUGAAGGGCAUUGGCGAGGCGCGCGUCCGCAGCGUGUCCAAGCUCUCAGUCCUCGAGGAUAGCUGA